GGCAGCUGUCAUCUCUGUGUGAAAUCUUUAGCGCCCUGCUAUGUUCCGCCGCGUGGCGUACUCCGUGCUUGGCCGUGGCGCGCCCGCGUCGUAUUUUAGGGUCCAGUCGUAGCGAAAUGCUGAAUUACUGCCGCAUAAAUAUAUUUUUGUUGGUCGCGUAGUGUUAAUAACUCCACCGCGAGUGCCUUUAGAAGCCGUUCCGUGUCGCUGAAUGAAGUGCGCCCACGUGCAUUUGUUGUAUACAUCUCAUCAAGAUUAAAUUACACACCGGUUCUUGCUCAAGUAAUGAAUAUCUCGUGUCCAUACGCAAUGUAGAAUUUUUAUAGUCGGAAGACAAUUUUCCUACUAGAUAAUAGCCAACGGUAGAGAAAAAGGAGUAGCUUUAACACUAUCGAUAGAAAGCAUCUCGUAAUAAUUGUGGAGCUACAGAAUAUGCACGCAAAGCACACAGAAUAGUACCAAGCAUUGACGAUAGGUCGGUUGUCUUAGCAAGAAUGUGCUGACAGCGACUGUUGCCGCCACUACUUGUAAAUUUAAGGACAGUGCCUAUGCCGUCAACGCUUGUGAAUGAUUGUAGUGAUCUCUCAUGACGAUAGCAGCGAAUAUUUUUGAAGCUGUUCGGUCCGACCCCAUGUGGCCCAACAGCCUGGCGGCCGGGUGCAACCCCGAUGGCGACCUGGCGUUCCCGCCGUUCAGCAGCCCCUGCGGCUCGGGCUCGAGCGCCACCAGCAUGGCCUACCUCAAGAGCUCGCCCUACUCCGUCAACGGCAUCGGCCUGCCCAUGCCAUCCAUGGACUCGCUGCAUUCCAGCAUGGGCUACCCCUCCGCUGCCAACCCUCGGAAGCAGCGCAGGGAGCGCACGACGUUCACGCGCGCCCAGCUGGACGUUCUGGAGGCGCUGUUCGCCAAGACGCGCUACCCGGACAUCUUCAUGAGGGAGGAGGUCGCCCUGAAGAUCAACCUCCCAGAGUCCAGGGUACAGGUGUGGUUCAAAAACCGGCGCGCCAAAUGCCGACAGCAGCAGAAGCAGCAGCACCAGCAGCAGCAACAGAACGGCGGUGAUAAGGGCGGCGGAGGCGGCGGUACGGGCGGCGGCCGCUCGGGCGGGGGCGGCGCGGCCAAGGCCGGCAAGGCGGCGUGCGGGGGCGGCGCCAGCAACAAGUCGCCGUCGCCCGGGUCGGCGGCGGGGCCGGGCGCGGUGCAGCAGGCCCCGCAGCCGCCGGGGGCGGUGGUGGUGUCGCCGCAGACGACGAGCGACGGCUCGGCCACCAGCUCGCCCAGCGUGGCGGCGGCGCGCGACUCGCCCGGCGCCGGCGCCUACAUCAAGCCGCUGCAGCUGUCCGCGUCGCCCCCGGGGGGCGGCUACAACCCGGCCGCCAUCUGGAGUCCCGCCGCUAUCGACUCCUGCCUGGACCAGCCGCACCACCACCGCCCGGCCGUCCCGGCGCCACCCCCGCCGCCUCCGCAGCAACCUUACGCCGCCCCUGGCGCCACCACCGCGGGCACCGGCGCGGGUUCUGCCGCCGCCCAGGCCGCUAACUGCUACCCGCACCAAAACUAUGGCGCGUACUACACCAACAUGGACUACCUCAGCCCGGUAGCGAUGUCUCACUCGCAGCUAAACGUGCCGGAAAAUUCCUUAGAGACUUCUUGGGCAAAAAGCAGAGAAGAAUCUUGGUUUUAUAAUUCAUCUGGCUGGGACAGAAAAUGAGAUUUGUUGUUCACAGUUAGUCUAGUUCCAAGAUGACCUCAGUAUACACAAAACCAAGGUGACCUCUUCCACACCUGGCAGCAUGGAAAUGACCUGUAGGCAUUGCCAGGAAUCAUCAUAGGAUUCAGAGACAAUACAGUCCAUUGUGGCCAGUUUUUGGGGCAAAUAGUUCAUAAUUAUGAAGUUGGCAAAAGUGAUUUGAAAUUAAAAAGAAUUGGAGGUAUUUAAACAUCUUUGUCAAUAACUUGUACAGGUUGCCUCACACAGAAAAUUGUUUUUUCUUGUUUUUUAAAACAUGUAUCACAACACUGUCACUGUAAAGUUAUUUUUACAUAAGCUCAAAAAUAAAUGUAAUGAGUCUACUAUCACUGGAAACACAGUGAUAUGUCAAAGGCAUGCCACUUUUUCCUCUAAGCAAGGUAAUAAAUGAAGAAAUGUCAUUUACUUUGACCUAAAUGUCAGGAUGAACAAUUUGAAAAUUAUUUCCCUAACUGUUUCAGUGUCUUAAAUGAUGUAAUUUUACUAUCAAUUUUCAAAUAGCUUAUCUUAUUACCUUAGCUUUUUUCAUUUGAUGCUGAUUUGUGUCCACUUAAUUUCAAGGUGCAUAUUUACAUUUACAUACAUAUCAUUCUUACAGUAUUCUUCCAAGCCUUUUUAUGGAAAAAGUACAAAAUAUUUUCUUGUAUAUAACAGAAGUGCUGCCCCCCCCCGCACACACACACACACAC